GCCGGAGCGCCGCCGCAUCGCCGGAGAUCCGCCGUUCUGGUGAUCCCCGGAGCACACCGCCGCCAUGGAGCGCUUCCUGCUCUUCCGGCCCCCGAGGCCGUCGACACCCGCCGCGGCGGACGCCGACCUCCUCGAGCGCGACGUCCUCUGGCCGUCCGCUUCCUCCUCCUCCUCGGCCCCCGGCCUCCUAGCCGCGCUCCCGGACGACGAGGGGGGAAAGAAGAAGAAGCGCCUCGCGGGCCCCGCCACGGUGCGCUCCGCCGCCUGCGCUGUCCCGGGAGCCACCGCUGCCUCCGCCGCUGCGUUGACCCAGCCGACAGGCGCGGCGAUGGUGGCGAGGUCGGCGCCGGUGAGGAUACCGUCGGAGGCGGCGCGGAGGGGUAGGUGGGCGCAGUCCGUCUGCGGCGGCGUCGGCGGGGAGGACGGCGACGCCAUGGUGCCGCCGCACGAGAUCGUCGCGCGACGCGCCGCGGCGCACAGCUCGGUGCUGGAGGGCGCCGGGAGGACGCUCAAGGGCCGCGACCUCCGCCGCGUCCGCAAUGCCGUCCUGCGCCGCACCGGCUUCCUCGACUGAGAAUGCGGAGGCGAGUCGCCACUCGUCGCUCUCGAGCUAAAGUUUUGACCUUUCUUUCCCCCAUUUUGAUCUUGUUCCCCUCACUUGUGUUUCCGGCUGGCUAUUUUGAUUUCUUUCCCUUCUGUGAGAAGGAUAUGAAAGAAUUGAGGUGAGUGAGCGUAAUGAGCGAGGUGUACAACGCGGCACAAUAACAAAGUUGUUCCAUCAAUUAUUAGAUGGAAAUUUUGUCCCUUGUAUUUGUUCAAUUCACAGUGUUUGCUUACCUUGCAUGAGGUGAAAAUUUAGAUGUUGGCGCGAUGCAUGGAAAUUUUUGUUGGUGUGUUGUUGCACUCAAUGCACAAUUCUUAUGUUUAUAUACUACUGCAGUCACCUAUAAAAUGGAGCCUCUCAUAAGGCGCAAAAUUGAUGUACUUAGCAGUUGG